AUGUCGAAUUUACUAAUUAGCAGCAAUUUCAGUAGUAGUAGUAGUAGUAAUUUCAGUAAAAAUAUCAAAGAGGACUCGUAUAUUGUACUUGGAGGUAUGAGUGGAUCUGUCAAAGUCAUGUCUUUUAGUCCAAUAGAGAAAGAACCAUUUAUACAAGAACCUCAAUGUGAUAGUUUAUUUAUUCACUAUGAAUCUGUUCUCAAGAUAAAUAUGAAAGGAUUGAUAAUUGUAGAAUUUAAGAAUGUAUAUACGGAUUGGGUGAAACAAGUAGCCUAUUAUGGAAGUUUAAGAGCUUUCAUGUUCAGCAGUAGAUGUUGUAAUUGUUCUUUAUUAUUUAGUGAUCUUACAGAAGCAAGGAUUCAAUACAAAUUCAAAGUUAACAUGGGAAUAUCUUGCUUCACCUUUUGCGACGAGGGUCAGUUAUUAAUAACCAAUAGACCAGAUUGCAUAGUGCGGGUUUGGAAUCCUUUCGUGACUAGAAGAGCAAAUAGUACAUUCCAAGGUUAUCGUGCACCUAUUUGUGCCUUAAUUGUACAAGAUGCUGGUAAACGCGUGUACUCUCUUUCGAAAGAUGGAUGUAUCGAAAUGUGGGAUGUAUUAACUCAAUCUUGUAUUCAGACAUACAAUUGGGUGAACAGCGAAUUUGGUGAACAUACAUCAAUGACAGUGGUGUACAAUACAUUGAAUCGUAAAAUGAUCAUUGCUAGCUCAAUGAUCGCAGCGAUUCUUUGCGAUCCUAAAGUCAACAAAGAUAUAUCUGAUGGUUUUACACAUAUAAAAUCUAUCAGCCGCGUUUUAUAUAACCAUCUCUACAAUGUGGUAGUUACGGCAGGAUUAGAUUCUUGUAUAAUAAUUUGGGAUCCAUGGCUUGGAAAUCGUUUAUUCUUAGUAACGCAUGCACACAGUAGAUUAUUAUAUGGUGAAUUUCAUGACAUUGAAAUUGCUGCUGCUUGUUUCGAUGAAUCUGAACAAUUACUAGUAACAGGCGCUCGUGAUGGUACAUUGAAAGUUUGGAAUUUUAAUACUGGUACUUGUUUGCGGAACAUUGCUCUUGAAACUCAGUGUGAAACAACCAGUUUAGUUUGGCUGGAAAAUCGAAUCUUAUGUAGUAGUUGGAAUCGUCAAGUCGUAGAAUUUGCAACUUCUGGCGCAUAUGUAUAUAAAAAGAAUUGGGGAACGAUACAUGCUACGGCAACUUUUAAUGGAGAGAUAAUACUUUGGAGAUUAGAAACGGGUCAACCGUAUCGAAAAUAUAAAGUUAACGAUCCAAUGUCAAGAUUUAGGAUAAGAUACCACGAAGAUGAAAUAACGUAUAAAAUAAAAAAAUCUGAACAGAAAGAAUUCAUUUCGAAACAGAGGCAAUAUCCUACGGCUUCUAAACAGCAAGAAUCUGCAUUGAAUAUUGCAUGAAUUGUUGCUGUUCGAGCUACGUUAUUUUUAAAUGUUCGGCCGGUUAAGUCUGAUGUUGGAACAUUGUUAGUUUCUCUUAAUUCAGGAUAUGUACAAUUGUGGUCUCAUCACCCUGCUAAUGGAUUUCUACAAGCUUUUACAGUUAUGUAUUCUAUACGUGAUUGUGCAUUAGCAUUAGCAACUGAUCCUAAAACUCAUUUUCUUGUAACGGGACACAAUGCCGGAUACAUUAAAGUUUGGUAUCUCGCGAAUUAUUACAUAAUAGUGAUAAUAAGUCAAAUCUAAUAAAAUUUACUUCUCGUUAAAAAGUUCAGUCGUACCACAACAAUUA